AUGAGCACGCACUUUCAUUUGGUUGUGACAACAUUGUUCGUCAUCAUGAGUGAAGUGAGACCUUUGACGUGCUACGUGUGCGACAAGUGUCCAGAUGACCUCAAAGAUGUGGGGACAAUGGACAAGUGUCCCGCCUGUGUGGUUGAGAAAUUCUUUGACGUCACGGACCUCUUGCGUACGAACAGACUCUGCGGAGAGUGCCCACGCAACAGGAUAACGGUUACCAAUAACAACAGAACUGUGAAUGAUUGUUGUUAUACAAAUCUAUGUUUGGGCUCGGUGAGUGGAACAAACGUGCAGAAGGUUCAACCUGCAACUACCUCCAUCACGCGCACAGAAACCAACACCCCUAAGCAUGUUACAGUUGCAAGUGAGAAAGAAAGCAUACCGGUGCGUCCAAACAAAACAGACGAUCUAUCCAUGGAGUCUACAGCUAAAACCGCAACCCAGCAUUUGGAAAAUUCCUCAUCUGCAACAUGCCACAUGAGUGCCUGGUAUCUAGCAUUCUCCACAUCGCUUAUUUGUCUCCUCGUGGCUUGUUUCAACUAGCUAACAAAAUUAAAAGUGGCCGUACUUUUGGCGUCUGGUUCUCUUUUUGGUUUGUAAAUUUUUCGUUUCGUUAGUAGACUGAGCCAUCCCAAAAAGGGGGCAUUCAUGAUCAUUUUCAUUCAAAUGUAG